GCGGCCCGUCUCGUUCGGCUAGCAAACCUAGGGUUUCCUCCGAAUUUCCCCCGCACGAAUUCGUUCCUGAUUUCCCCCUAGGACGUGCUGCGAUUGAAUCCCCCGUUCGUUGUUCUGCCCUUCCAGAUUUCUCGUCGAUUUUGAUGGGCGCGGCGCCAUUUUUGUGGUGAUUUUCUUGUUGUUUGCCCCCCGGACCCGCCCCGUGGAGCGGCCAUGGUGAAGACCCCCAAUAGCACCCCCAAGGCCAAGGCCAAGGCGGCCUCCUCCGGCGCCGGCGCCGCCAGGCCGUCCCCGGCGAGCGCUUCCGGCUCUGGUUCGGCGAAGGCGUCGAAGUUUAAGAAACGGAAAGCCAUUGGCGCCGGCGCAAAGGUCGCGGCCACUGCUGUGGCAGCGGCCGAUGGGUCCACCUCCGCGGGCCCUGCGCCUGUGCAGAAACCGUCCACUCCUUCUGGAGCAUCGCCUGCGGCAUCUUUGAAGCCAGCCGCCGUAGCUGAAGGAUCAUCUGCUGCCCAGGUACCGGCACCAAAGCCAGACACCGCUGAAGAAGCAUCAGCGUCGACUCCAAAGCCAAAGCCAAAGCCAAAGCCGGCUGAUGCUGCAGCUGCCACCAGCAAUGGGGCGGGUGCUAGCGGUAGUAGUGGUGGUGGCAAGAAGAAGAAGAAGGGGCAUAAGGAGAGGCUUAUGGCUUGGAAGGGAAAGGGGAAGCAGGAGGAGGCGCAGGGGAAUAAGAAGGAGAUCAGGAAGGAGGAGGGGGAGCAGGGGAAUAAGAAGGGGAUGGGGAAGGAGGAGGGGGCGCAGGGGAAUAAGAAGGGGAUGGGGAAGGAGGAGGGGUCCAAGAAAGAAGGGGGUGGUGAUGGCAGGGCAGGAGGGCUUAUCUUCAUGUGCAAUGCACAGACUAAGCCGGAGUGCUUCCAGAACCGCGUGUUUGGCAUGCCCAUGGGGAAGAAGGAGAUGGUGGAGAAGGUCCGACCAGGGACAAAGGUAUUCCUGUAUGAUUUUGACUUGAGGCUGCUAUAUGGAGUGUACAAGGCGACAUCAAAGGGCGGGAUAAACCUUGUCAGAAAUGCAUUUAACGGGAAGUUUCCUGCUCAGGUGAAAUUUACGACUGAUAAAGAUUGCCUUCCUCUUCCUGAGAGUACUUUCAAGCAUGCCAUCAAAGAGAACUACAGUGCAAGCCGCAAAUUUGACCCUGAGAUCACUUCUACACAAGUUCGUAGGCUGAUGGCUCUAUUCAAGCCUAUCACUGUAUAUCAAUCAGCUCCAAGGAGUAAUCUAGAUGGAAGGUACCGCGAUGAAGAAAGAAGGCAUCAACAUGAAGAUAGGCCACAUCCAUUGCAUGUUGAAGACAGGCGCCCGCAGGUGGUUGUACAUGUUCCUCCUCCUGAGGACUCAUACAGGGCAACACACUUUGCUCCAUUUCCUACCGAGCCCCGACCUGGUCAAUUUUUGGUUAAUGUCCAGGAUGAGCACAGAUAUUAUCAACAAGCACCUCCUGCACCUGAGUCUCAACACAUUCCUCUUGCCCCAGAGGCUCGCCAUGUUCCUCUUGCCACAGGGCCUCACUAUGCGCCUUCUGUACCAGAGCCUCGGCAUGUCCCACCAGCAUAUUACCACCAUUUGGCUCCUUCAUCUGAUGAUUCUUACUACCGUUCUCGAGUGGAUCCAGUGCAUGAGCGCAUUGCUGCCAGAACACCUCCAAGGGAUUACGCAGCACAGCUUGGGGAGUUGUCUGCUCGUGCUGACCAUAUGUCGGAGCUCUACCGGACCACUGUUCGUGAUGCUCGCCUGGAGGAUCCUUACCGCCCAGGAGAGCUUGCUGCCCGUGGUGCUCGUGUGGAGGAACUCUACCGCCCAGGAGAGAUUGCUUCUCGUGGUGAUCGUGUGGCGGAUCUCUACCGCUCUGCAGAGGUUCCUUCUCGUGGUGCUCGUAUGGAGGAUCUCUACCGUCCAGGAGAGGUUGCUGCUCGCGAUGUUCGUAUGGAGGAUCCCUACCGUCAAGGAGGGAUAGAUGCUCGUGGUUCUUAUGGGGGGCUCUACCGUUCGGACCAGCUAAAUGCUCGUGCCGUGGAUCUCCCACAUUCUUAUCAGACCUCCAACCCUGCUUAUGCUGAAGCCAGUCAGAGACCUGUCCCUACAGCAAGGGCCAAUGGACCAGGUGUGCCGGUUUCCUCACUCUAUUCCUUCGCCGGAGCGCCAGCAUAUCGAUGAUUUUUCUCAACAUUUAACAUGCCAUGCCUUGGGUCGGUUGUACUGCCAGUCGCGUCGUCGGAUGUUUACUUUUUGGUUAAAACUAUAGCUUAACUGUGAGAACUCGGGAUGUUUUUCUCUCUUAUCUUGUAUGCCUGUUAAACUGCUUACCGGAUGAAUGGCAUUCAGGUUGAGACUA